CUUUUUUGAAGGGGAUACCGCUACCUCUCUCUCUCUCUCUCUCUCUCUCUCUCUCUCUCUCUAUCCACUUGCACCGGAUUCAUAACAGAGAAAGGGUGCCUUUGAGCCUCGAGGUUUGAUGGGGUCUAGUGCAUUGUGCUUGUCGACCGCCCUGCCAAACUGUACAUGAUGGGGGAGCGUUCCCACCCUCCACCCCAACUCAAAUGCGGCCGCCCCUCCACUCCCCAUUCGCUCUGUCCCCAAACAAACUCAUUGAGGAGGCUCUCUUCUCUCUCCUUGAUCACUGUUCAACCCAUAACCACAUUCGUGAGGCCCAUGCUCGCAUCUUCGUCCUUGGCCUCCACCAAAACAACUUCUUGGCAGCCAAAAUAUUGGGUGCGUGCUCCUCAGUCUCGGCCAUAAACCACGCAAUCUUAGCCUUUAAGCAUGCAUCAAACCCAACCAUUUGCCUGUACAACACUUUAAUUCGAGCACUAGCACAAAACAACCUUCCAUUCGAAACUAUCGAUUUAUACACCGCAAUGCGUCGGAACAGUCUUCCCCCUGACAAUUUCACGUAUCCGUUUGUGGCAAAGGCUUGUGCGGCCCUCUCAGCCCUUUCGCUAGGGCAAGCGAUCCACGCACAAGCCCUAACGUAUGGGUUGUUACGUGACCCCUAUAUCUCCAACUCGAUUCUUGACAUGUAUUGGAAAUGUGGGUGUGUUGUGGACUCAAGACAAGUGUUCGAUGAAAUGCUUGACAGAGAUGUGGUGGCUUAUAAUGCUAUGAUUGCAGGCUUGGCUAGGCUAGGGGACGUGGGUUCAGCUCGUGAUCUAUUUGAUCAGAUGCCUUCUCGAUCGGUCGUGUCAUGGAAUACUAUGAUCUCUUGCUAUUCUCAACAAGGCAAGCCAGCCCUAGCCUUGGCCCUCUUUAGGCUAAUGCAAGCGGAGCAUGUGACCCCCAAUCGAAUCACAUUUGUUGGUGUUCUCUCGGCUUGCGGACAAUUGGGUGCCCUUGAGGUUGGAAGGUGGGUUCAUGGGUUCAUUGAUCGAUUGUGGCCGAAACCCAAGGGACCGGGCUUGUUCGUGUGCAAUUCUCUUAUAGAUAUGUACGCAAAGUGCGGUAGUGCUAAUCAAGCAAAACAAGUGUUUGAUGAGAUGCAUGAACGAAGUGUUGUUUCAUGGAAUGUAAUGAUUUCGGGGCUUGCAGCUCAUGGCAAAGGUAGAGAUGCUCUAAAUCUCUUUGCUGAAAUGCAGGCCCAGGGGUUCGAGCCCAAUGAUAUUACAUUCAUUGGGGUCUUGUGCGCGUGCACACACACUGGGUUGCUAGAGGCUGGUCGGACCUACUUUGAGCUCAUGGUUAAUGAGCAUAUGAUUGAGCCCAAAGUUGAGCAUUAUGGGUGCUUGGUUGAUCUCCUAGGUCGAGCUGGUCAGGUCCAUGAAGCCCAUGAGCUAGUGAAUUCAAUGCCAGUGACCCCAGAUGCUGGCAUCUGGGGUGCGCUACUUAUGGCCUGCAGGACACAUGGCCAUAUAGAAAUAGCGGAAUGUGCCAUAGUUAAACUUCUCGAGCUCGAGCCUCAUAAUGCAGGGAAUUAUGUGCUUCUCUCAAACAUAUAUGCUGCUAGUUCUCGGUGGGACGAGGUCGAGCAAGUUAGAGAGAGGAUGAGAGGUGUUAAGGUAAGGAAGACUCCAGGGUCGAGUUCUAUAGAGAUCCAGGGCAUGAUCCAUGAGUUCGUUAUUGGGGAUAAAUCACACCCAUUGUCCAAGGCCAUUUAUGAGAAGCUCGAGGAACUAAAUGUGCGGCUAAAGCUCGCUGGCUAUGUCCCAAGCACUAGCUCGGUGUUGCAUGACGUGUGCGAGGAAGAGAAGGAACAUGCGCUCAAUGUGCACAGUGAGAAGCUCGCAAUUGCUUUCGGGCUCAUUGCUAGCAUGCCAGGCACGCCAAUAAGGGUGGUGAAGAACCUACGAGUAUGUGGGGAUUGUCACUCAGCGACCAAGUUCAUUUCAAAGGUCGAGGGGCGAGAAAUCAUCGUUCGGGAUCGGAUCAGGUUCCACCAUUUUAGAGGGGGGGAGUGUUCUUGUAGGGAUUAUUGGUGAUGGCAUGGUAUCGGUAGCUUCGCAUUUCAGCAAGAGUCGGUGGGCAAGGCAGGACGCCUAGGGUGUGACAGCUGGUUGGGUCUGGUCAGACCCAGACGGGUCCAAAUCAUUUGGACCUAGACAUGACUCUGAGCAUUUAUUUUAUGUUAUUUAUAUAUACAAAAUUUUUAUGUAAAAUAUAUACUAAAUUUAUUUUA